ACAAAAUCCUUGAGGUCUUUCAAUGGAGAAGCUUGCAUUAUUAGCCAUCUCAAGUGCAUUUCUUCUUCUAGUUUUAAUAUUUCCGAGGUCGGUCCAUGGUGCAACAAUUACAUCAUGUAGCCAAACCCCAUAUCCAGAAAUAUGCAAUCAUUUCAUUAACACCAACUUUCUUCCAUCAACCCUCGAUGAAGCAGACCUAAAAUUUCCUGACUUGGCCCACAAGGUAACCAUGCAUCAGGCCAUCGAAGCCCACCAGCUUAUCUCAGCCAUGGACACAAAUUUAUUCGACGAGAAAGCCAAAUCAGCAUGGAAAGAUUGUUUGGAACUGUACGAGGAUACGGUUAACCAGAUUAACCGCUCCUCGAGCUCCAACAAUCCGACCGAUGCUGUAACAUGGAUAAGUGCAUCCAUUGCCAACCAACAAACAUGUCACAACGGUUUUACCGAUCUCCACGUGUCUUCUAAAUUACAAUCCUUUCCCAACAUGCUAACAAACUUUUCCAAACUUCUUAGCAAUGUGCUCGCAGUUAAUAAGGCGGCGGCCGCGGCUACGUUACAUAGCCAACAGAAUGCUGGCGGGCGGCGGUUGCUCUCUGACGGCUUCCCGACGUGGGUUUCUGCAGCGGACAGGAAGCUGCUGCAGUCAUCGGGGGCGGGUGCACCUGCGGCUGAUGUGGUGGUAGCACAAGAUGGGUCUGGAAAUUACAAGACCAUUUCCGAGGCAGUGGAGGCGGCGGGUGGUGGCGGUGGCAGAUUUGUUAUAUACGUGAAGGCGGGAGUUUACAAAGAGAACGUUCAGGUUAAGAAGUCAAAUAUAAUGAUUAUUGGCGACGGAAUGGGUUCCACGGUUGUUACCGGUAGCAGGAGCGCUAAUGGUGGCUCGACAACUUUUGGAUCAGCGACUUUUGCAAUUGCCGACUCCGGGGACCGGUUCGUCGCACGGGACAUAACCUUUGAAAACACCGCCGGACCGCAAAACCACCAAGCCGUGGCACUCCGGUCGGGAUCGGACUUCUCCGUCUUCUACCGCUGCAGCUUCAAGGGGUACCAAGACACCUUGUACGUGUAUUCGCAGCGGCAGUUCUACCGCGACUGCGACAUUUACGGCACCCAAGACUUCAUAUUCGGCGACGCCGUCGCCGUCGUCCAGAACUGCAACAUCUACGUCAGAAAGCCGAUGAGCGGCCAGCAAAACACCAUCACGGCGCAAGCGAGAACAGAUCCGAACGAAAACACCGGCAUCGUCGUGCACAACUCUCGGGUGACGGCGGCGGGGGAUUUGAGCUCCGUGAAGACUUAUCUGGGGAGGCCGUGGCAGAAGUACUCGCGAACGGUGUUCAUGAAGAGCAAUUUGGGCAGUUUGAUAAACCCCGCAGGUUGGCUUCCAUGGAGCGGAAGCUUUGCGUUGGAAACGCUUUAUUAUGGGGAGUAUAUGAACAGCGGGAGUGGAGCUGAUACUUCGGGGAGGGUUAACUGGGGGGGUUAUCACGUAAUAACGAGCCCGGCGGAGGCCGGAAAGUUCACCGUCGGGAACUUUUUGGCCGGAGGUUCGUGGAUUGCAGAGUCUCGGGUGCCAUUUGAGAAUGGGCUUUGAUAAGUCGCUAAAAGAGUUAUCAUUUUCUUAAGAAAGAUAUAGCUAGUGGGUGUCUAUAGACUUUAAAUCAAUUAAUUGUGACGUAAAGAUAGUGACGUAAAGUUGGAUAAAAGUGUCAAGUUGCUUAUGUUAUUAGAUGAUAUAAAGGAAGAUGCUGAAGCUAGCUAGCAGCUGGGGUUUACUUGUGAUAAAUGGUAGGUAGCCAAGAAAAUAUUACUGUUUAGUAGAACGUUAUUGGAUUGUUAUGCAACUUAAUCAUGUUGCAGUGAAAAUAAGCUAUUGAAUCUGUAUUUGUAAACAUAAAUAAUCAAAUGUUGUUUUUUAUUGUAUAGUAAUGGUAAUGUUGACAAAAUAUUAUUAUUAAUAACGAUU